ACAAUGAUUGGCAACUUGGUAUUUGGGUUGAAAGAAAGUUAUAGCAAGAGGAGUUUCAAUGUCCUCAUAAACUCAUCCAUAUCCAUAUGUUUAAAUCAAAUGGUAUGUAUUAAAUUCAUUCAUAUCCAAAUCUUGAGAGAGAGAGAGUGGUAAGAUCUGAGGGAAUAUGGCUGAGUUCUUAUGGACUUUUGCUGUGCAAGAAAUUUUGAAGAAGGUCCUAACUCUUGUGGCUGAGCAGAUCAUUCUAGCAAGGGAGGUCAAGGAUGUGCUACAACAACUACAAAAAGAGCUAGUUGAGUCUCAAAAAAUUGUUAGUGCUAUCACUACCCAAAGACAAAAUCAUUAUUCACCAGAUAGCUUAGUGACUCAGUGGGUGAAUGAUCUUCAACUUAUUGUUCAUGAGGCUGACGACUUGCUGGAUUUGUUUGUUUAUGAACAUCUUCAGCAAAGAGUGAACCCAUCAGCUCAUGGAAAAAUAAUAAAAAAGGUACCUCAUUUCUUAUGCGCUUCGGCAAGGACUAAAAAAAUGAAGGAAAUUAUAGCGUUGUUAAACAAACAUUGCACCAAAUUACCUCACUUACUUCAACUUGAGCCUACACCCUCAAACAUUGCAGAGACUGAAGUUGCGCAAAUUCAAGAGACAGUCUCAAAGCCUGAAGAUUAUGUGGUGGGAAGGAACAGGGAAGUUGAAACCAUAGUUGAUCGAGUGAUUGAUGCCAGCAAACAGGAACUCAAUUCUAUUUUACCCGUUUUUGGAAUGGGUGGAUUAGGAAAAACCACUUUGGCAAAGUCGGUCUUCAACCAUGAUAGGAUCAAAAAUCAUUUUGGUAUCACUAUUUGGAUAUAUGUGUCACAACCUUUUGUCAUCAACAACAUUUUGCAAGCAAUCUUACAAAAGGUGGAGGUUCAUUCUAGUGAUUGCUCCAACAAUAGGGAGGCCUUACUUGAAAAGCUUACAGAAAACAUGGGAGAGAAAACAUAUUUUCUUGUUCUUGACGAUGUUUGGAAUGAAAACAAAAUGUUGUGGGAGAAGUUGAAGGAAUGUUUGAUGAGUAUUACUCAUAUGUCAGGAAAUAGUAUUCUUGUCACUACAAGGAGCAGUGGAAUUGCAAAAAUGAUGGAAGAAAAUAUUGGAAGUCAUGAAUUAAGAAAAUUAUCUGAUGACCAAUGUUGGUCAAUAUUUAGGAACUUUGCCAAUGCCAAGGAUGUACCAAUGACUUCCAAUUUGGAGUUUGUGCAAAAAGAGUUUGAUAAAAGAAUCGGUGGUCUUCCAUUAAUCGCUAAAGUUUUGGGAGCAGCAGUUCCAUUUUCAGGAGACCAUGACCAGUGGGUAGCAAAUAUAAAAAGCGUUCUAACAACUCCAAUAAAAGAGGAAGAGUUUGUUAAAUUCACAUUGAAGUUAAGCGUUGAUCGUCUACCAAAUGCUUCAGUAAAGCAGUGUUUUGCUUAUUGUUCAAAUUUUUCCAAGGGUUGUGAGUUUGACAAAAAGCAAGUGAUUCGAAUGUGGAUGGCACAAGGAUUUACUCAACCAGAUGAAAGAAACAAUGAAACAAUGGAAGAUACAGGAGAAAGGUACUUUAACAUCUUGUUGUCUUUCUGCUUAUUUCAAGAUGUUGUUAAGAAUGAAAGAGGAAUAAUUGAGAAGGUUCGAAUGCAUGAUCUUAUACAUGAUAUUGCUUGUCAAGUUUCAAAUGAUAAAAAGUUGCGAAUAGAUCACAUCAUUUCAUCAAAUUGGAAAGAUUGGACGAAAGAUGACAAAAUACUUGUGAGCAAGUUACGAACAAUAAAUUUUUAUGAUCGUCAUCAUGUGGUGGUUCAGGAUAAGAUUGGGGACUUUACUGGUUUGCGUGUUUUGACAAUUGAAAAUUAUAUUGUUGAGGAGUUACCAAACUCAAUAUUCAAGUUGAAGCACUUGAGAUAUCUAGACAUUUCGUAUUGUUAUUCAAUAAAGAAGCUUCCUGAAUCUAUUGUUCUGCUUUAUAAUUUGCAAACACUGAGAUUUCAUCUCUUAAGCAAGGGAUUUCUACCAAAAAACGUUGGACAAAUGAUUAGUUUGAGGCAUUUGGAGUUCUCAUCUAUCGAUAAACAAAUGUCUCCCUAUUUGAGUCAAUUGAUUCAACUUGAAACAUUGCCUAAAUUUGCAGUAGGUUUUGAGAAGGGUUGUAAGAUUACAGAACUUGGGGUUCUAAGAAACCUGAAAGGGUUGUUGAAGCUUCAACGUUUAGAACAUGUUGAAAGUAAAGAAGAAGCCGAAACUGCAAAAUUAGUGGAAAAGGAGAAUCUAGAAGAAGUACAUUUUGUGUGGACAAAGGAAAGGAAGAGAAAAGUAGAGAAUAAGAAUGAUUUGGAAGUGUUGGAAGGACUUCAACCACCCAAAAAUGUAGAAUAUUUGAGAAUCAAAUACUUUUUAGGUGGGUGUUUACCAAACCAGACGUUUGUUGAGAAUUUAGUGAAAAUAGAGCUAAGAGAUUGUGGAAAUUGUGAGAAGCUUCCAAGGCUUGGGCAAUUAGGAAAUCUAGAGAUACUUGAUAUUUCAUGGUUUGAAAGAGUAAAGAGUAUAGGGAAUGAAUUCUAUGGAAACAGCUCCAACAACCAAAGGAGUUUAUUCCCCAGGUUGAAGGAAUUGUAUGUUGAUGAGAUGAGGAGGAUAGGAGAAUGGGAAGAAGUGGGAAGUAAUGUUAAAGCUUUCCCACGUCUUGAACGUUUGUAUAUUGGUUGUUGUAGAGAUUUAGUGAAAAUUCCAGAUGUUUUUGGGUAUUGUGAUGAGUAUGGUGAGAAGCAUCUGGAAGUUGUGGAAAUUAUUGAACAUUUGUGGUUAGACCGACCUUCAAAUUUGUGGUCUUUUGUUACAACGCAAGGAGGAGCAUUGGCCAAUUUGCUAUCCAGAAGAACUCGCUCUUUCUUCUAUUACCGAAAAGAAAGAAGACAAAUGAAAGAAAAAAUAAAAGAAAAAUUGCGGUUUGCUCUUUAUGUGCAGUCUGCUGCGACCCAAUUCAUCGUCAAAGUCCCAACACCAACACCAACACCAAAGCCUAAAAUUCGUUCUUUUUCUCCUUGCUUCUUCUAAUGAUGUCUUCCGCUACCAACUAAUACUAUUUUUUCUCCCUAAUCAUAAUUCCUCAUCAACUCACAUACAAAUCACUCAAACUCAUUAAAAGAGCCUUUGGGGUAAAGAAUGCCUACCAAUAAUAUGGAGUUAUGUGUGUUUGAAGCCAACAGUAUUAUAGUAUCCAUUAUUAUUAUAGACUCUAUUAUUAUAAUUAUAUGGGUUUUUCACUAUUCUUUUUUGUCAUUCAUAUCUAUGGUACAUGAAAUAUACAUUUUUCUUAAAUUAAAUUUAUUAAAUUUUAUUAAUUAGGAUACCUAUUUAAAUAAUUUAGCUUUAAUCCUCAUAUAAAUUAAUUUCAUCAUCUGUUUUGGGUGAUUGUGUUUGAAAUUAUGUUACACAUACAUUCUCCAAAUCGACUACUGAGUUAUUUAGGUAAUAAAACAAGACAAAAAAAUGUUAUUGUUGAAUACGUUCUUAGCCAAAUUUAAAUAAAUUAAGUUAGAUAAGCUCCGUAAAUAAGUGGGUAGAAUACAAUGGUAGAUACAAAAGUACAUAAAUUCAAAAUAAAGCGAAAUCAAAACACAACCACCUAUUCAAAAAAGAAAGAAAAAAACUAACUUGUUAAAUAUUGUUAUUUUCUGACUGAACGGUGCAAUACUCCAAUUUUAGCUUCAUGGGUAUCGACAUCAAUUCCUCUAUGACAGAAAUUCCUCUAUGUCAUCCUCACUAUGGAACAUGAUUCGCAUAAGCUUUACCCUCUCUCAGCUACUUAGUUCAGGGAUAUCUUGUAGUUGUUUCAUGACUUUCCCAUGUAGUUCAACCUAUAUUUCGUGCUUUUCUUUUGGUCAAUUUGCAAUUGUCUUCAAUUGGUCAUUUGCAAAUUUCAUUGCAUUCCUAAUGACAUUUAUCAUUUCAGAUAGUUGGCCACCUCGGUUCCUCUUGCUUCUGCUCAAAGAAUUUCUUCCUUCACUUGGUCGACCUACCCGUGUUCACAACAUCUUAUCCAGUGACAUAUCCACCUCCUUGACUAUAUAUCAUCGAGAUCUAGGGUUCAUGUGAAUCACCAAGGGGAACACCAUCAAAUUGUUUCGCACAUUAAACCCUCAAAGGUCUUUAAACAUGCUCUCGUAGCCCGAUCUUUGCUGAACACAUAAGACAGAUCAUCAUGAUAUGGAAAUGAUUGUUUAGGAGGCUUUUGGCAGCACGAUGAGUCUGUGCAAACAUUUCAAUAGAUUAGUCGAUGAUUAGGGUUAUAAACAUAGAACGUUGUACAUAAAAUAUACAUAUCUUCACCCAACUGUUGAGCAA